AUGGAGACAGGCAGGACGGAGAAUGGUUUCCAUAGUGACCAGAUGUGGGUCAAAGGUGCUGUUUCAGCAUGUCAUGGCUGUGCGGCUGGGUCCAAGUGUGACUGCAGCGGAGUGAAAGGAGGAAAGGGCGAGAGGGGUUACCCAGGCCUCCAGGGCCAGCCAGGUGUACCCGGGUUCCCAGGGCCCGAGGGGCCCGGUGGCCCCAGAGGAGAGAAGGGUUAUGAUGGACCAGGAGGUCCAACUGGUCCAAAAGGAAUCAGAGGACCACCUGGUCUACCUGGAUUCCCAGGAACACCAGGAAUUCCAGGCCUCCCAGGACAAGACGGGGCUCCUGGGCCGAGGGGUACCGCAGGCUGUAACGGCACCAAGGGUGAGCGAGGAUUCCCAGGAACAUCAGGCUACCCUGGAACAGAAGGCCGACCAGGUCCUCCCGGUUUGCCAGGCCAAAAGGGUGACCCAGGUGACGUGAUUUCAUCAGACCGUUUCGGCCAGAAAGGAUCGCUGGGCCUCCCUGGCUUGCCCGGAGUCCCUGGCAACCCCGGUCCCCCUGGAUUGAGCGGCCCUCUCGGUCCACCUGGUCCCAGAGGAAAUGAUGGUCGCCACGGCCCUCCUGGCCCACAAGGACCUAAGGGAAACAUGGGCCUGAACUUCCAGGGACCCAAAGGAGAGAAGGGGGAGACUGGACUGAGGGGUCCUCCCGGGCCUCCAGGUCAGGUUGGGGAGCAGACUGGACCUACCGAGUCAGAGAUCCAGAGAGGAGACAAGGGUGACAUCGGGUUGCCGGGCCCUACUGGUGACGUUGGGCCUCCAGGACCCCCUGGCCCCUCAGGUGGGCAGAAGGGAGAGAAGGGGGAGCAAGGAGAAGCUGGAAAACGAGGCAAACCAGGAAAAGAUGGAGACCCCGGUCCAUCUGGGUUCCCAGGUAGUAAAGGAGAAUUAGGAGGUCCAGGUCUCCCGGGUCGUGAUGGAGACAGAGGUGACAAAGGAGAUCGUGGAUUUCCGGGACCUCCAGGGGUGGUGUUGGGUGGAGAUACGUCUGGUCGAGUGGGACCUAAAGGGGAGCCUGGAUUCCCCGGGUCGCCGGGCAGGAAAGGAGACAGAGGCCCUCCUGGUCUCUCAGGUCCUUCCGGACAACCAGGACAGCCAGGUGUAGGAUCUGCAGGCCAGCCCGGCCAGCCAGGGUUCCCAGGAGACAGAGGUCCAAAGGGAGAGGAGGGCCAGCCUGGCAUCGCCCUCCCUGGCCCCCCAGGACGGAGUGGCUCCCCUGGGCUGCAGGGUUCUCCGGGGGCACCCGGACCUCCAGGGAUCUCCAGCGGUGGGGGGGCCUGCAUUGGGGGGGCCCCCGGCCGGCCUGGUGUGCAGGGAGACAGGGGCUUCCAGGGGGAAAGUGGACAUAAAGGUGAUAAGGGUGACACCUGUGUGAACUGCUUCUCCAACGGCAGCCCCAUCCCCGGCCCCCAGGGGCCCGCCGGCCCCCCCGGGUUCCCAGGAACCCCUGGAGGACCGGGACCUAAAGGUGAAAGAGGAUACUCAGGAGGCCCAGGGCUUCUCGGACCUGCUGGUCCUCCAGGCCAGCAGGGGACGCCAGGUUACCCAGGAGAGAAGGGAGACCCUGGGGACGCCAUCGUGGCUGACGGAGUGAGAGGUGACAAAGGUGACACGGGCUUCCCUGGAUCUCCCGGUUUACCGGGUCUGGACGGCCGCCCCGGUAGAGACGGGGUACCGGGAGCACCGGGACUCAAAGGAGCGUCCGGUUCCCAGCAGGUGAAGGGAGAACGAGGACCACAAGGGGAACCCGGUCUCCCGGGAGGUCCAGGCGACAGAGGGUCUUCAGGGAACCCAGGCUACGGCCCCCAGGGCCCCUCGGGAGAGAAGGGCGUGCAGGGCGUGUCAGGCCGUCCAGGGACUACCGGAACACCAGGAGCUAAAGGCGAGCCGGGCCAGACAGUGGCGGAGAAGGGCUUACCAGGACCUUCUGGACAGAACGGAGAUCCCGGUUUACCAGGCGGCCCAGGUAACCCUGGACAGCCCGGACAGCCUGGUUUCCCUGGGUUACCAGGAGCCAAAGGAGACCCAGGUCUCUCUGGCAUUGGAUUACCAGGACCCCCCGGUGCUAAAGGUUUCCCAGGCACACCUGGCCAGCCGGGCAGCACAGGAGGGCCCGGCAGACCUGGGGUAGACGGCCUUCCUGGACAGCCUGGCUUUCCUGGAUCCAAGGGAGAGCCUGGCUUUGGUUCACCCGGACCCCAAGGCCCUCCUGGGUUCCCAGGGGGUAAAGGAUCCUCCGGGCCCAAAGGAGAUUCCGGUUUCCCCGGCAGCCCAGGACAACCUGGACGGUCUGGGUUCGACGGCGGACCCGGAUCCAAAGGUGACUCUGGUAUCCCUGGAGCCCCCGGAGCUCGUGGCCCCCCUGGUUCCCCCUCGUUCGGCUCCCAGGGCCUCCCCGGGGCCGCGGGCCCCCCCGGCCCUAGUGGGUCCCCCGGGUUCCCCGGUGGGCCAGGAGCGAAGGGAGACCCAGGCUCCCCUGGCCUGGACAUCCCAGGGUUGCCGGGAGACAGAGGUUCUCCUGGGUUCCCCGGUUCCCCCGGCUCGGUGGGUGCUCCGGGAGGACCUGGAGGACCAGGGCGUGACGGCCUACCUGGACUGCCCGGUGCCAAGGGAGACAUGGGUGUGAUGGGCUCCCCUGGACCCUCUGGAGGGCCCGGAGGACCUGGUGCACCUGGCUUCCCUGGACCUAAAGGUGAUGACGGUUUCCCAGGGCGACCAGGUGGGCCCGGAGGCCCCGGCGGGAAGGGAGACAAGGGGGACGCCGGCCUUCCAGGUGCCCCCGGGCCCGCAUCCCCCCCCAGCCUGGGUUCUAAGGGUUCUAAGGGAGAACCAGGAGCUCCAGGUUUCAGUGGGCUGCCAGGCCAAAAGGGCAUCUCUGGUCUCCCUGGUGAACCAGGUCUCCCCGGGCAAGACGGACGUCCAGGUAGUUCAGGACCAUCAGGUCUUAAAGGAGACGCGGGUAUCCCCGGGGGCCCUGGCUCUCCUGGAGUCCCAGGGUUGAAGGGGGCCAUGGGGGAGAUGGGCUUCCCUGGCCCCUCUGGUUUGAAGGGAGCUCCUGGUCAGCCCGGCCGCUCAGGGUCCCCGGGGGGGCCUGGAGCCCCUGGGUUCCCUGGGGCCAAGGGAGACCCCGGACUGGCCGGAGCAGGGUUCCCUGGAGCAUCCGGAUUGAAGGGUGAACCAGGCCAACCAGGAUAUCCAGGAACUACCGGACAGAAAGGAAAUCCAGGCGGUCCCGGCCUCCCAGGCCUGCCAGGCGGUCCCGGCUCCAAGGGCGACCCAGGCCUGCCAGGAUUCCAAGGUUCUCCUGGUAUUAGCGGUCCAAAAGGUCUGGACGGUGCCCCCGGUAACCCCGGUCUCAGCGGAGCAUCCGGCCGACCGGGAGAGCCAGGCCGUCCUGGUUCACCUGGUUACCCCGGCGACAAGGGCCAAGCAGGUCGGGACGGGAUCCCCGGUCCAGCUGGAAUCAAAGGAGACCCAGGUCUGCCAGGCUUCGGUGGUCCUGGAUCACCCGGUCUCCCAGGGAUACCAGGAGCGAAGGGAGACGUGGGCCUACCUGGUCUCCCAGGCAGCUCGGGCUUCCCCGGUUCCAAAGGAGAUGCAGGGUUCCCCGGCCUCCCCGGUUCCUCUGGCAGUAUUGGGCCCCCGGGUCCCCCAGGGCUGGCCCUCCAGGGGCCCAAAGGGAACCCAGGCUCCCCUGGCGCCCCAGGGCGUGGAGGUCCCCCAGGUCCAGAGGGGCCCCGCGGGCCUGCUGGUAGCGGAGGGAUCAAGGGGGAGAAGGGCAUCCCUGGUGCCUCCGGACAGCCCGGUUUCCCGGGACAGAAGGGAGAUAUGGGAAGCCCCGGGUUCUCGGGUGCUUCUGGUAUUCCUGGUCCCAGCGGUCUGAAGGGAGAUGUUGGUCUUCCUGGCGUCCCCGGAUUCCCAGGGCCGAAGGGGGAGUCUGGUACCCCCGGAUCGUACGGUGGCCCUGGAGAGCGCGGAGACGCCGGAGAGCCUGGUCUGCCAGGAGACUCGGGCGUCGCCCCCGCCCCCAUCGUGUUGAAGGGGGAGCGGGGCCCCCCGGGCAUCCAGGGCCAGCCUGGAGAGAGAGGUGUCCCUGGAGGCCCCGGACGGGAGGGACUUAAUGGCCAGCCAGGUAACCCAGGAGACUUGGGCCCCGAGGGUCCCCCAGGAUUCAGUGGAGGCCCCGGACGCAAGGGUGACCCCGGGCCGGCCGGACAGCCAGGUCAGCGAGGGUACCCCGGCCCCCGGGGUUCAGACGGCCUCCAGGGGCCCCCAGGCUCCCCCGGUGGGGCUUCCAUCGCCCACGGCUUCCUGAUCACCCGCCACAGCCAGGCCCAGGACGUGCCCUUCUGCCCGGACGGCACCUCGCUGAUCUACGACGGCUACUCCCUCCUCUACGUCCAGGGGAACGAGAGAGCCCACGGCCAGGAUCUGGGCACUGCUGGCAGCUGUCUGCGCAGGUUCAGCACCAUGCCCUUCAUGUUCUGCAACAUCAACAACGUGUGCAAUUUCGCCUCCCGCAACGACUACUCCUAUUGGCUGUCCACUCCUCAGCCCAUGCCAAUGAGCAUGGCCCCCAUCACAGGAGAGGGUAUCAAGCCCUUCAUCAGCAGGUGUGCAGUGUGUGAGGCUCCUGCCAUGGUGAUCGCGGUGCACAGCCAGACCAUCCAGAUCCCCUCCUGCCCAGCCAGCUGGGAGCCCCUGUGGAUAGGAUACUCCUUCAUGAUGCACACCAGUGCGGGUGCGGAGGGUUCCGGCCAGGCCCUGGCCUCCCCGGGCUCCUGCCUGGAGGAGUUCCGCAGCGCCCCCUUCAUCGAGUGCCACGGCAGGGGAACCUGCAACUACUUUGGCAACUCCUACAGCUUCUGGCUCGCCACCGUGGACUCCACUGACAUGUUCAGGAAGCCCCAGUCUGAGACCCUGAAGGCCGGUAACCUGCGUACGCGUGUCAGUCGCUGCGUCGUGUGCAUGAAGAGGACGUAACGGGGCAAGGCUCCGGAAAAAAGCAGCCGUUGGCGGGGACGACCGACGACGAGCUGGGGGCGGGGGUUGGAGGGGUGGGUGGGUGGGUGGGGGAGGGCUCAGAGCCGGUUGCGGAGACGAUGAUGCUGAUGAUGAUGGUUUCUGCGGAAGCGGAGGAGGGGGGGGGAUCGAUUCUGUGGCAAAGAGGUGGAAUUCCAAUGGUGCGUCAUGCUGAAACGACUUAAUAACGGUGCUACUGUUGUACACAGCGAUGGGGGAAAAAAACUGCGAUGAAAAUUGUACGAUAUCUGUUCUAGUCUUUCUUUUAUUUCUUAUAAAAGAAGUACCUCAAAACAGCCUUUGAAAACGAUCUACUAAAAAGGUGCCAUGACGGAUGUGUUACAACAAACGUGCAUUUUAUUUUUCACUUUAAUUUGCAUUUUAUUUUUCUAAGAAUUGUCUUCUUUUUUUUAUGUCAGAUGUGGAACUGUGGAACUGUGGAACUGUGGUACUGUGGAACUGUGGAACUGUGGUACUGUGGUACUGUGGAACUGUGGAACUGUGGUACUGUGGAACUGUGGUACUGUGGUACUGUGGAACUGUGGUACUGUGGUACUGUGGAACUGUGGUACUGUGGUACUGUGGUACUGUGGAACUGUGGAACUGUGGUACUGUGGAACUGUGGAACUGUGGUACUGUCAGUUCAGACAUAUGUGGUACUUUCUAGACAGACUUUCUCUUUCUUUCUUUCGUUCUUCCUCCCUUGAAUUUUUUUUUUUUUCUUGUCGUUUAACUAAGGAGUGGGACAACCUCCACAGUAACCAAAUCGGCACUUUGAACUCUGCUCACACAAAAGAAGUUAUGCACUGAUAUACUUUCUCAGUAAGACACAAGUACUGCCUUCUUUUAUAGGUUUUUAGCAUAAAAAACAUUUUCUACUUUCUUUUUUUCUUUCUUUACAUAAUUUUUCCCCCCCAUUUGUGUCCGUUAGGGGUACUAACUUUCUCCCUCCCUAUCUGCUAACUGUACGCUCUCUUGUCUUUGUAAGUAGGUAUGUGUAUAUUGUUUAAACACUGUUAUAGUGGGCAAAACGGACAAAAACGGUAACUAGUUUAUAUAAAAGACAGUUUUCCUGCUUUCUCUUCUUGCGUUCAAUCUCUCACACAUUCAUUGAUUCACUCGUUCAUCCACUCACACGCACUCACCCACAGGUAUUGUACAAAGUAAGGCUUUUUAUGAGACAGUAUUUUAUAUAUAUAUAAAUAUAUAUAUAUUGAAAUAAAUUGACAAAAAAAAGAGAAAGGUUUAUGAACUUUAUUUGACUGCCGUUGGUCGUUCUCCUUCACUCCAGAAACAUUUCAUAAUUUUUCCACCCAAUUAAAUAAACACUAAAACAACCGAACUACCGAUUAAUUUUUCGUAACAGAUUUUCUCUCUUAAUUUAAAGCAUCCUAGCAACGUCGUUAUGGUUACAAUCGUGCUAAUGACUCAGAUGUCUGCUCUUUCAUUUUCUAAUAAUCUUGUUCAGUGGGAUUAAAAAACAUGGUGGGGCGGUUAGAAUUUAAAUUGUCAUUUGAGGUCAAUUUUAUUUUUAUUUUUUUUCAUAAGAGAUUGAAAAAAUCUGAGAUUCCUAUCCAGAAUAUGUAUAUUGUUGAUCUGGAUUCUUUAAAAAAAAAAUGUUUAUGAUAAAACCUAAUCUGGAUUAAAUCUUAAUCUGGACACUGGGGUUAAUGUGUGUUUCCACCUGUCCCCAGGAGCAGGCAAAUUACCGUGGUAAUCUGAGGUAAUGUCAGCUGUUAGUUGUCGGGGGUGACAUUACAUUUCCUGUGAUUAAAAUCUUCCAAUCUUUUUUAUUUUAUGUUCAUUCUGGGGUGUGCGACAAAUGUUUAUUAAUUUCAAUAUUUUUUUUAUUUUUUUUUCCCGUGUAUGUUAUCCAGAAGUUGUUAUAAACUUUUAAGAAUGAAAUAAACACAAUGUCCAAUGA